AUGUCGUUAUCCCGUCUGGUCGUCGAUAAUAAAUCAUAUAGUUUGAAGUCUAAACUGUUUUCCAGAAUAUCCUGGAGGACCGCAGUCACAAUCGGUAUCCCGCUUGGUAUAGCCGGUUUGACCGUCCUUGUAUAUUACCUCAGAAACAAAAAAGAGAAGAGUGAAGCAGAACUUACUCCAGAAACACCAUUAGAGGCUGCUUUAGCGUUAAAGCUAAAAGGAAAUAAAUUUUUCAAGGGUGGACAAUACUCUCAGGCAAUAAGUUUAUAUGAUGAAGGACUUAAGAAAUGUCCAUUGGAUGCAGUUCAGGAACGUGCAGCUUUCUAUCAAAAUCGUGCAGCAGCCAAAGAGAAUCAACGUCAAUAUGAAUCUGCCAUUGAAGAUUGUUCUCUUGCAUUAUCAUUAACACCGCAUUAUUUGAAAGCAUUAAAUCGUCGAGCACAUUUAUAUGAAAAAUUAAAAAAAUGGGAUGAGUGCCUUUUAGAUAUGACAGCUUGUUGUAUUUUUGAAAAAUUUAAAAAUGCUGACAACAUUGUUUUCAUGGAUCAAGUACUCAAAACAAUCGGACAACAGAAGGCUCAAGAAGAACGUUCCAAAUUAUUGCAUGAAUUACCAUCAGCUUCCUUUAUUCGUAAUUAUUUGAGCGCAUUCGCAUGUAAUCCAUUCACAGUUAAUUCUUCACAACUAUCCAAGCAUAAUUCACUGACUGAAACUAAGACUGCAGUUAACGGAGUAGCUGAUGAUCAUCCUGUAUCAAAUAUGCCCAGCACCACAGAAGUACCCAAUAUUAACAAUCCUAAUCAAUAUGAUUGUACACAAUUUAAAGAACCUCUUCAAUCAGCGUUUAAUAAUGUAAAUUCAGCCUUAGAUUAUAUGACGAAAGGUGAUUAUCAACAGUCAGCUGAUCAUGCGAUGAAAGCCGUUAAUUUGUUCGAAUCAAUGUUAUCGGAUAAGUCGUUCGCAGAUGUAAAGAAUUUGGUCAAUUCAUCAUCUGAGUUAGAUGAUAGUGAAACAAUUUCAAAAUCAAAUGAUAAUCUCAUCUCUCCUGAGUCUAAUGAACAUAAUGGAAAUGAAAAUGAAUUGGACAGCAAAGAAAACAAUAUCGUCACCACAAAUUCAAAUAAUACGGAUUCCUUCAAUAAAAUUAAAACAAAUGAAUCUAUUCAAGUGUAUAUUAAAGAAGUAUAUAAUCAAAUUUCACUUUUACACGCUACUUAUCAAGCAUUAGCUGGACGUUCUGAAGAAGCAAAAGAACGUUUUCAAAAUAUUGGUAUGGUGGACUCUGGAGCUUCAUUAGUGGUUCGUGUUAAUGCAUUGAUUAAAUCUGCAUGUUUAUCAAUGUCAGUUGAUCAAGAUGUAGCUGCUUGUCUUUAUGAUUUCCAACGUGCACAAAAUGUUUGGCCUGAAUGUCCGGAUGUGUAUCUUCAUCGAGGUCAAAUUAAUCUAUUAGCUGAUCAAUUAGAUGAAGCAUUGCAUGAUUUGAAUACAGCUGUUAAAUUAAAGCCGGAAUUUUCAGUUGCACAGGCUCAGCGUUUGUACACUCUAUAUCGAUGCGCAUUAACUGCUGGUGAUGUUAGUAAAGUGGAUUCUCGCAUUGAAGAGUUUCGUCGAUUAGUAAAGAAAUAUCCCAAUUGUUUGGAAACUCAUUCUUUAUUUGCUCAGAUCCUGUCUGAACGUGGUGAUUUUAAAGAGAGUGAUAAAAUAUUUGCUGAUCUAAUAACACUUGCACCAGACUCUGGAUUAGCUUAUGCUCAUCGUGGCCUAUUACAAUUAAAAUGGAAACAAGAUCGUGAUGCAGCAUUAUGUUUCUUUAUAGAAGGUAUUCAAAAAGAUCCUAAAUGUGAAUUAAUUCAUGAAUUACUUGGUCAAUUAUCUGUAGAAAAAGGUCAAUUCAGUGAAGCAUUAAAACAUUUCGAUAUGGCAAUUAAACAAGCUAAAACACAAAAUGAUUUAUCACAUUUAAUUGCAUUACGUGAAGGUGUUAAUGCACAAUUAAAAGUAUGUGAACAAUAUAAAAUAUCAAUACCGGAUGUUUUGUCAAGUAUACAACAUGAACAACAAAAAUUCUUAAUGGCUAUGCAAGAGAAAUUGUAA